AUGCCUUUAGAUUUGAGUGGGAAAUGGGACCUGGAGUUGAAUGAAAAUGUGGAGGAUUAUCUCAAAGCAUUGAAUAUUGACUUUGCCCACCGUAAAAUUGGUUCCUACCUCAGUCCAACAAAGAUCAUUAUCCAGGAUGGGGAGAACUUUAUGAUAAAGACACAGAGCACCUUUAAGUCCUAUGAGUUCAGCUUUACUGUUGGAGUUGAGACGGAAGAAUUUACCAAGGGACUUGACAACCGGAUCCUAAAGACCCUAGUCACCUGGGAAGGACACACUCUGGUGGCCAUACAGAAAGGUGAGAAGCCAAAUCGCGGAUGGAGACAUUGGAUGGAAGGAGAAAGGCUUUAUCUGGAGCUGACAUGUGGAGAUGUGAUCUGCUAUCAAGUGUACAAAAGAAAACACAAGCAGGAACACUAA